AUGCGCCGCCGCCUCCCAUACGUGUGGCUGCACCACCUGCAGCGUCGCUGGCUGGCUUCGCGCCGCCAAGCUGGCAUUGCUGCCGAUGAAGACGUUGCCGCUGCCCGCAAGUGGCUCACCGGCCUGACUCCCGAGACCAUCCCCAGAAGCAUCUGCGAUAUCUCCUUCAGCAGGUCGUCCGGGCCCGGCGGCCAGAACGUGAACAAAGUCAGCUCCAAAGCUACAUUGCGCCUGCCCAUGGACUCCCUUCUCCCGCUUCUGCCGAAUCUCUUUCAUCAAGAGAUGCGCGCUUCGCGUUACUAUGCCAGCAAUUCCAACUCCCUCGUCAUCCAAGCCGAUGACAGCAGGAAGCAAAACGACAACGUCCACAGCUGCUUCGUCAAGCUGCACCAAUUGAUAGCAGAGGCCGGGAGAAGACUUGUCCCCGGUGAGACGUCUGACGAGCAGAAGGAGCGCGUUAGGAAUCUAGAGAAGGCAAACAACGAAGCUAGGUUGAAAGCAAAGAAGUCUCACAGCCAGAAAAAGUCUUCGCGAAAAGGGGGAGGCCAGGACUACUAAAAAUAUGCUAUUCUCGUCUUCACAAUCACUCUUGCCAGGACUUCCAGGGAGGCUUAGACCUGGAGCAGACGGUCACUUCCGGGCCACUGCUUGGAUGCGUACGGGACCAGCUUACGCGCGUCGUCCAAUUUAUUUGUCCCCUGGAGCAAACCGAUAAUGUUUACCAGCUACUACACCUCGCUCUUUCAAGCGCAGGGAUAUUGACACAUAGAAGAAAAGUUUAGGAUUUUGUAUAUGUAGUUCUACAUUUAUGUCUCCCUGGCAGGAAGUAGUACAAUAACAUGACUGCUUUUUCAGCUAGCCAUUGCAAUGAUAGAUCAAUGCGCUU